UUUGCCAUUAAUGAUUCUACAGCGACACCUGCCGGCGGGGAGGAGUAUUGCACUUCCCCGACAUUUAUUUUGCACUGUGGAGACCUGGCGCUGUUGUUAAAGGCUCUGUUGACAAGGGGACCAACAUAAACACAGCAGCUCUGGAUGCUGCACGUCACAGGAUGGACUCCAGUGGGAAAGCCUCAACAGCACAGCUCGUGGUUUUGGCCACCAGCUCGGCUCUGACGGCGCUCUUCUACUCCAUUUACCGGAGCAGAGCAACGACAGUUGCCAGAUUAAAGGAAGCCAAGAAAGUCUCAAUUGACCACGAGUUGAAAAACAUACUGUCUGAAACUCCCGGAAGAUGCGUCCCAUAUGCAGUCAUAGAAGGUGUGGUAAGAUCUGUGAAGGAAACUCUGAACAGCCAAUUUGUGGAUAACUGCAAAGGUGUGAUUGAAAGACUGACCCUGAAGGAAGAAAAGAUGGUGUGGAAUCGCACCACUCAUCUCUGGAACAACACUGAGAAAGUCAUCCACCAGCGCACCAACACAGUUCCGUUCUCCCUCGGGUCACAUGAUGACAACAUCUCUGUCGCGGUGCGAGUCAUACGUCCACUAGACGCCACCGAGUUGGACCUGGAGACCACCUAUGAGAACUUCCACCCCACAGUCCAGUCCCUGUCCAACGUCAUCGGCCACUUCAUCAGCGGUGAACGACCCAAGGGCAUCCACGAGACCGAGGAGAUGCUGCGGCUGGGGGACAGCGUCACGGGCGUGGGAGAGCUGGUCCUGGACAACAACCUGAUCAAGAUCCAGCCUCCCAAACAGGGCUUCCAAUACUUCCUCACCCGGCUGGACUACGACGCUCUUCUCAGGAAGCAGGGCAACAGCGUCAGACUGUGGCGGAUUCUGACCGUCGUCUUCGGUGUCGCCGCCUGCUCCACACUCAUCUUCAUCCUGUGGAAGCGAUACGCUCACCACAGACAGAGCAAGAGGGAGAGGAGCAUGCUGGAGGAGUUCAAGGAGCAGCAGAAGAAACGUAUGCGUGAACUCAACCUGGAGGAGGGCAGCGUGUCGCCCACCAGCUGUACUGUGUGCCUGAGCCGGGAGCGCUCCUGUGUGUUUCUGGAGUGUGGUCACGUGUGUGCCUGUAGCUCGUGCUACGACGCCCUGCCAGAGCCAAAGAAAUGCCCCAUCUGCAGGGCCACUAUAGACAGGGUGGUGCCUCUUUACAACAGCUAGUGUGGAAAUACAGAUCAGUCACAGUAACACUGGAGAUAUGUCAGUCAGAACCUGCCUGGUCAGACUUGAAAAGGGUAUCAUCAGUACUUUUUGUUUUUGCUCACUCUUAUAGAUGAAUAGCAGAUAUAUGUGCUGAAUCAUUGUGCAGUUAAAUCCAAAUUCCCAUUUAUUUCUUCAUACAAAAGACAGUGAAAGAAAACACAGAUAUGUUCUGGUGCCAGAUUCUCAGAUUUAAGGAUUCGCUGCUUGUCUCUUUUUUUUGUUUUGUUUUGUUACUGUUUUGUGUUUUGAACUUGUUGUUGAACACAUUUGAGGAUGCCAACUUUGGAUGUGGGACGGUGCGAUCGACACAUAGGAUAAAGUAUCAAUCAAAAAUAUUACUUGGAGAUUUAUCGCUAACAAAAAUAGUUCCGCCAUAGAAGGUGGCAGAAAAUGGCAACACUCAAGUCAAGUAGCUCAACAGAGCUGGAUUUGUGUAACAACAACAACAUGACUGAUAGUUUUGAGUGAAAGUCGGCUUCAUAAUCUGCACUUAUCAUUGCUGUCACAACAGUGUUAAAUGCUGCUAAUCACCCGACAAACUCAAGCGGGGAAACCCACAACUUUUUUUUGCUUUCAGUCCCUCUUAUAGAUAAAUAGCAGGUUUCUGUGCUGAAUCACGAUGCUGUCAAAUCAAAUUUGGAACCUGUAUAAACAGACAAAAUGAAAUCCCUUCUUCCAUCUUGACAGAGAAAAUUAGAUUCCUCCCAACUCAGACGCUGACAAAGAUCAGUCCUACAUCCAACAGCGAUCAAUCUUCAAACUUAAGAGCAUUUACCAAGAAUAUUUAUUAUGUACUGACACGCUCAGAGCAGGAUGUAAGAGCCCGCACGGUUAAGACUUUCUGAAAGCUCAUCCACCAUUUAAGUGUCAGUAAGUGUUGGUAUAUAUUAAGAAUACUCUACAUCGAUUAUUUUACAAAGCCUUAAUGUUGUAAACGAUAGAAAUGGAUUACACUUGGCAUCAUUCAGUAUGAAGACAGAGAUUAAUGUACAACUUUUAUCUUGCUGUCGACUUGGUGGUUUGUUCAGUGUCGCUGCUACUUGAAUUCAUUACUGGUUAAGUACAGAUUGUCACAAAUGUCAUUCAGUCAUGAAAACUAUAUAUAAGCAUGUGGCAAACAACAAAUGCACCAUAAUUAUGACAACAAUAGAUGAAAACUGAAAAUGUGAUAUCAGAAAAUGACAGUGUGAACCUCAGACAAAGAGAAGAGAAGUAUUUCUCUGCUCCUGCAGUUGUGGUCGUCUCUGAGCAGGAACUAUGAUAGAUGUAAAUGAAACAUUCUCUCCAGUCUUCCUAGUAGGUUGUGCAGCUUCUUAUACUAAUAUGGUCUUGGCCUUCACUCUUUUAUGAUAAUUUCUAAGAAGGUUUUCAGUCACAAGACUUUGUGGGGAAGCUCGUAAGCUUAAGAAAUUUCAUAAGAUGGAUUUUAAACUUUACCCAAUAUGCCUUUUUGGAAAUGGAGUCCAUCUUGUUCUCAGUCUUUGUCCGCGUGUUUCAGGCUCCCUGAAGUUCCUUUGUUGUCUUAAGUUUGGAUUUAGCUUCAGUGAGUUUAAGGUUGUGUUUGAGGUGCAGUUCAGAGGAAAGUUCAAGGUUAAUACUUUAAAAAAAAAAAAAAAAGCCUGUGUAGGAGUUUGAAGGGCGAGGUCAGGUGAGGUGCAAGAAGGGAUGAUUGUACAAGCUUUCGUCGGGUUGUCCUGCAGAGAGGGAGCACGCUGACCUUGUCCUGUUAUUUGUUUUGUUUUUCAUUUUUCCUCUGAGUGCCUGAUGGAAAGAAAUCUGCAGCAGCUGCUCUAUGAACACUCAGCUAGAGGACACACGGAGCGGCGAAAACAUGUUGAAGAGUCACCUCCGCACCAUCACAGCUGCCGAUUGUUGCACUUUGAACCUGCUGAAUCUGUCGAACCUUUGAAUCAGCUCAUUGUCUGUUUGCAUCUGAGACUUCAAUAAAGACAAGUGCAAUGUGGAAAAACCGAAUUGCUUAAAAAUGUCACAGUGAUUGUGUAAAAUAAAGACGCAAAGAGAGCUUGUUGUAGAAGACGGAGGUUUUCUGCCAGGAGAGGGAGAUGUCUGCCUGUGAGGAAAAUCAGCAUUCAGGAAUCGGGGAGCGUGAAUAGCCACAAAAACGUGAAGCAACAUGUUCCCCAAAACCAACCAGCUGUUUUUUUUCAAACAUCUAUCGAAACAGUGCAAUUCUAGGCCCUGCAUGAAAUGCUCAGUUUUGUUUUGUUUCAGUGGCAGAAACAUGAAUAAAUUGAUUCAAGAUUC